AGACAUACUCUGGGCUGUUUUGUGUAGUCGUUAAUCCUUACAAAAGGUUACCGAUUUAUACAGAGAAAAUAAUGGAACGGUAUAAGGGUAUAAAAAGACACGAAGUACCUCCUCACGUUUUCGCCAUCACCGACACUGCCUACCGUUCUAUGUUACAAGAUCGUGAAGAUCAAUCCAUAUUAUGUACUGGUGAAUCCGGAGCUGGCAAAACAGAAAAUACAAAGAAAGUUAUUCAGUAUCUAGCUUACGUAGCUGCUUCAAAACCUAAAUCAAACGCCACCCCAAGUCCAGCAUUAAUAAUAGGGACUGGAAAUACUAUGGAGAAAUUUGCGGGUGAAUUGGAACAACAACUUCUGCAGGCGAAUCCUAUUUUGGAGGCAUUUGGUAAUGCUAAGACAGUUAAAAAUGACAAUUCUUCAAGAUUCGGUAAAUUUAUCAGAAUAAAUUUCGACGCAAGUGGUUACAUAGCCGGAGCAAAUAUCGAGACAUAUCUACUGGAAAAAUCACGAGCGAUACGUCAAGCAAAGGAAGAAAGAACGUUUCAUAUAUUUUAUCAGUUACUUGCUGGCGCGUCACCAGAACAAAAGAAAGAAUUUAUAUUGGAAGAUCCAAAACUGUAUCCAUUCCUGUCGAAUGGCGCGCUGCCAGUGCCCGGCGUUGAUGACGCAUCUGAAUUUUCAUCGACCGUUAAAUCAAUGCACAUAAUGGGUAUGACUAAUGAAGAUUUCUCAUCAAUAUUCCGUAUUGUAUCGGCUGUGAUGCUCUUCGGGUCGAUGCAAUUCCGUCAGGAGCGUAACUCUGACCAGGCAACUCUCCCAGACAACACAGUCGCUCAAAAGAUCUCUCAUCUUCUGGGACUGAGUGUUACUGAAAUGACAAAAGCCUUCCUCAAACCACGCAUCAAAGUAGGCCGUGAUUUUGUGACCAAAGCCCAGACAAAGGAACAAGUCGAGUUUGCCGUCGAAGCAAUAUCAAAGGCCUGUUACGAGCGUAUGUUCCGCUGGCUGGUCAAUCGGAUAAAUCGCUCGCUAGACCGCACCAAACGUCAGGGCGCCAGUUUCAUCGGAAUUCUCGAUAUGGCUGGAUUUGAAAUAUUCGAAUUAAAUUCUUUCGAGCAACUGUGUAUUAAUUACACUAAUGAAAAACUUCAGCAGCUUUUUAACCACACGAUGUUCAUUUUAGAGCAAGAAGAGUACCAGCGCGAAGGUAUUGAGUGGAAAUUCAUCGACUUUGGUCUCGAUUUGCAGCCAACAAUAGACUUGAUUGACAAACCAAUGGGAGUUAUGGCCCUGCUGGACGAAGAAUGUUGGUUUCCAAAAGCCACUGACAAAACUUUUGUCGAAAAGCUGGUCAGCGCUCACAGCGUUCACCCAAAAUUCAUGAAAACAGACUUCCGUGGAGUCGCUGACUUUGCGAUUAUUCAUUACGCCGGAAAAGUUGAUUACUCGGCAGCUAAAUGGUUGAUGAAGAACAUGGACCCGCUUAAUGAAAAUAUUGUAAGUUUAUUGCAAGCCUCGCAGGAUCCAUUCGUCUGUCACAUAUGGAAAGACGCAGAAAUUGUCGGUAUGGCUCAGCAAGCAUUAACUGACACGCAAUUUGGUGCGAGAACGCGUAAAGGAAUGUUCCGUACAGUGUCGCAGUUGUACAAAGAACAGUUGGCUAAACUUAUGGUCACCUUGCGCAAUACAAAUCCUAACUUUGUACGUUGUAUUAUUCCAAAUCACGAAAAACGGGCGGGUAAAAUAGACGCUCCGUUGGUGCUAGAUCAAUUAAGAUGCAAUGGUGUCCUCGAGGGAAUACGUAUUUGCCGGCAAGGAUUCCCUAAUCGUAUUCCGUUCCAAGAAUUCCGUCAGCGGUAUGAAUUACUCACGCCCAAUGUUAUUCCAAAGGGUUUCAUGGAUGGUAAAAAAGCAUGUGAGAAAAUGAUCCAAGCUUUGGAACUUGACCCAAAUUUGUACCGUGUAGGACAGUCAAAAAUUUUCUUCCGUGCUGGUGUUUUAGCGCAUCUUGAAGAAGAACGUGAUUACAAGAUAACAGAUUUAAUUGUUAACUUCCAGGCGUUCUGUCGUGGUUUCCUUGCUAGACGGAAUUACCAAAAGCGUCUUCAGCAAUUGAAUGCUAUUCGUAUUAUACAGCGUAAUUGCGCGGCUUACUUGAAACUACGUAAUUGGCAGUGGUGGCGACUCUACACCAAAGUUAAGCCACUGUUGGAGGUUACCAAGCAGGAAGAAAAAUUAACGCAAAAGGAGGAUGAAUUGAAGCAAGUUCGCGAUAAAUUGGAGAUGCAGCUAAACUCAGCGCAGGAGUAUGAACGUAAAUACCAGCAAGCAUUGGAAGAGAAAACGAUGCUUGCCGAGCAAUUGCAAGCUGAAGUUGAAUUAUGUGCAGAGGCUGAAGAAAUGCGCUUGCGAUUGGCUACACGCAAACAGGAGCUCGAAGAAAUUUUACAUGACUUGGAAGUUCGUAUUGAAGAGGAAGAAGAACGCAGCAAUGCUUUGAAUCAGGAAAAGAAAAAAUUACAGCUGAAUAUCAGUGAUUUGGAGGAACAAUUGGAAGAGGAAGAAGCGGCGCGUCAAAAAUUGCAGUUGGAAAAAGUCCAGUGUGAUGCUAAGAUUAAAAAAUUGGAAGAAGAUUUGGCUUUAUCGGAUGAUACAAAUCAAAAGUUGUUGAAAGAGAAAAAGUUGCUGGAAGAAAGAGCUAAUGACUUGUCGCAGACUUUGGCUGAGGAGGAAGAAAAAGCCAAGCAUUUAGCUAAACUUAAGGCUAAGCACGAAGCCACGAUUGCUGAUUUAGAGGAAAGAUUGUUGAAAGAUCAUCAACAGAGACAAGAAGUUGACCGCUCGAAACGAAAAGUCGAGACUGAAGUUUCUGAUCUUAAAGACCAGUUGGGCGAGAGAAAAGUCCAGGUAGAAGAACUUCAACUCCAGUUGGGAAAACGUGAAGAAGAACUUAACCAGGUGAUGCUGAAAGUUGACGAGGAAGCUGCUGCUAAAGCUCAGGCCCAAAAGGCUCUCAGAGAGUUGGAGUCACAGUUAGCAGAGCUCCAAGAGGACCUCGAGGCGGAGAAAGCUGCAAGAAGUAAAGCCGAGAAGCUUAAACGUGAUUUGAACGAGGAACUGGAGGCUCUGAAAAAUGAAUUGUUGGAUUCAUUGGAUACUACUGCGGCCCAACAGGAGUUGAGAAGCAAGCGCGAGCAGGAGUUAGCUACGCUGAAGAAAAACUUAGAGGAAGAGACUUCAGUCCACGAGGGUACUCUCUCUGACAUGCGUCACAAACACACGCAAGAACUGACAGCUAUCAAUGAACAGAUGGACGCUCUGAAGAAAGCCAAAGCUGCGCUUGAGAAGGCUAAAGGCGCUCUGGAGGCUGAAAAUGCUGACUUGGCUACUGAAUUAAGAUCUGUUAGUGCUAGUAGACAGGAAUCAGAUCGACGGCGUAAACAGGCUGAGCAGCAGCUCGUUGAACUCAAUGCUAAGCUUGCAGAAGUUGACCGUGUUAAGCAAGAGCUGGCUGAACGGGUUAUCAAACUUCAGACGGAAGCUGAGACUAUUUCCCAGCAGUUGGAGGCCUCUGAAUUGAAAGCUUCUGCAGCGGUUAAAGCUUCUGCUACUUGUGAAUCCCAGUUUACUGAAUUACAACAGCAGUUGGAGGAAGAGACGAGACAGAAAUUGGCGUUGAGCUCAAAACUCCGUGCUCUUGAGAGUGAAAAGGAGAGCUUGCAUGAUCAAUUAGAGGAAGAAGAAGAAGCUAAGCGCGCGCUUGAUAAACAAUUGGUUGCGUUGACUAUUCAGUUGGCAGAGGCUAAGAAGCGUGGAGAUGAAGAGGCUGAAGCUGCGAUAGUGCUUGAAGAGGCUAGGAAACGCUGCAUGAAAGAUCUUGAAGCUCUGCAGAGACAAGUGGAAGAGCUUCAAGCUGCUAAUGAUAAACUGGAUAAAUCAAAGAAGAAAAUUCAGGCGGAGUUAGAAGACUCGACUAUCGAACUCGAAGUCCAGAGAUCUAAAGUUAUUGAGUUGGAGAAGAAACAGAAAAACUUUGACAAAGUUUUGGCUGAAGAAAAGGCUGUUUCUGAGCAGUACGCCGAGCAACGUGAUGCUGCUGAACGAGAAGCGCGUGAGAAGGAAACUAAAGUGUUGUCUUUGACUCGUGAAUUGGAUGAGCUCAAUGAGAAAGUUGAAGAGCUUGAACGCGGACGUCGCGGUCUUCAGGCUGAACUUGAUGAGCUGGUUAAUAAUCAGGGUACUGCUGAUAAAAAUGUUCAUGAGUUGGAGAAAGCUAAGCGAGCACUUGAAUCCCAGUUGGCAGAACAGCGCUCGCAAGUCGAGGAGCUCGAGGACGAGCUUCAGUUCACUGAAGACGCUAAGUUGCGUCUGGAAGUUAACAUGCAGGCGCUGAGAACCCAAUUCGAGCGGGAUCUCCAGGCCAAAGAGGAGCAGGCUGAAGAAAAACGCAGAGGACUUGUUAAACAGUUGCGUGAUAUUGAAGCAGAGCUCGAAGAUGAGAGGAAACAACGCGCAGCUGCUAUUGCUGCUCGCAAAAAGUUGGAGGCUGAUUACAAAGACGUUGAACAGCAGCUGGAGAUGCAUAAUAAGGUUAAGGAAGACGCUUUGAAGCAGCUGAAAAAAUUGCAGGCGCAGAUUAAGGAUUGCACUAGAGAAACAGAGGAGGCGCGUGCUGCUCGUGAUGAGCUGGCGGCCAGUGCUAAAGAAACUGAGAAGAAGGUGAAGAGUCUUGAGGCUGAUUUACUCCAACUUACUGAAGAUCUGGCUAGCAGCGAACGUGCUAGACGUACGGCUGAAAACGAACGAGAUGAGCUCCAGGAAGAGGUGAAUAAUAACGCGAAUAAGGGCACGCUGAUGCUUGACGAAAAACGGCGGCUUGAGGCGAGAAUCGCGACGCUGGAAGAAGAACUCGAGGAGGAGCAAUCUAACAGCGAAAUAUUUGUUGACCGCGCGAGAAAAGGACAGAUCACGAUAGAGCAGCUGACUACUGACUUGGCGACCGAACGCUCGAGCACUCAAAAACUUGAAUCUUCAAGAAUGUUGCUUGAGAGACAGAACAAGGAGUUGAAGGCGAAACUCGCGGAACUCGAGACGGCUCAGCGUGCGAAAACCAAGGCUACUAUUCAGGCACUUGAGUCGAAGAUCAGUAAUUUGGACGAGCAGCUGGAAACAGAGGCUAAGGAACGAUUCGCUCAGCAGAAGAUUAAUAGGAAGCUCGACAAGAAGCUGAAGGAGUUGAGCUUGCAGCUUGAAGACGAGAGGAGAAACGCUGAUCAGUAUAAGGAGCAAGUCGAAAAGGCUAACGCUCGCGUCAAGACUCUCAAGAGACAGUUGGAUGAGACUGAGGAAGAGCUCAGCAGGCACAAGGUUCUAAAACGCAAGGCCCAAAGGGAAAUGGACGAAAUGAUUGAGUCACAUGAAAAUUUAUCUCGUGAAGUUGCUAAUCUUAAAAACAAACUCAGACGAGGAGGUGGAGCAACAAUUGGUUUAAGCUCAUCAAGAUUAACUAAACGUGGAAGCGUACAAACAGGUGGUUCUGGUGAUGACUCAACAACUCAGGACGAAAGCAUCGAUGGCGAAGAAAGUAUCAACUGA